AUGGGGUUCAGUGAGGAUUGUGAACCGGGCUGCUCAGGGGGCCGCUGGUGGUGUGGGGACUGGCGGGGAAGAGCACGCUCCCUUCAGGGUGGGGCUCGAGGACUCCCGGCAGAAGGGACAGUCAACAGAACAGCCCCUUCUAGAACGCGCUGUGCAGAACUUCUAGAACCCGGGCUUCGCCCAGCCUACACCAGCCUACACCACCACCUGGUGUCUCUCUCCUCUUCUCUUUGUCUGAAAGCCGCUCCUUCCUGGACCGCAGCCCUGGAGCCUUUCUUCUCCCAGACCCCCAAGGGCCGGGUUGGCGGCCUGCCCACCACCUCCGGCGGCAAGCGCUUCCAGCUCUGGGCCCUAGGACUGUUCUGCACCGAGCGUCACCUGGCCAAGCGCCUUAAGAACAACAGCUUCUACCCGUUCAUCCAACAGCAGCCCAAUGUCUUCGUGCUUGAGUACUACCUGGACACGCUGUGGAAGGGGACACUGCUCUUCGUCGUCUGCCUCCUCCUCGUCAGCUUCGGCUUCGUGAGCCAGGUGCAGAAUCAGGAGACUUGGGGCUUCCCCGCGUGCGGCGUGGUCGUCGGCCUGUGGCUCAUGAUUUCGUCUUUGCCGCGGCGCCGCCUGGUGCUGAACCACACGCGUGGCACGUACCACUUCUCCGUCCAGGGCCGCACCGUGUGCCAGGGCCCCAUGCACCUAGUCUACGUGCGCCUGGCGCUCAGCUCCGACGCUUAUGGAAGGUGCUUCUUCCAGUUGGUUCUAUGCGGCCACAAGCUGGAGCCGCUGGUGCUGGUGCAGCUGUCAGAGCGCUACGAGCAAAUGGAAUACUUGGGCCGUCACAUUGCCCGGAAACUCAACAUCAAUUACUUUGACUGCCUGGCCAAGUCGUACAGGCACGUGGUCCGUCACUGGCCACUGGGGGCCACCUUCAGCCCCGGCAUCGUGCAGCGCAAGACCGGCACUUAUGGCCAACAGACCUUGCAGUCUGACCUGGACGUGUGAUUCUGAAGGCAGGUGCCCCAGCGCUGCCCCUGCCCCUCAGGCGUACAGUCUCCCUUUCCCUGUGAUUUCCCACCUUCACUGGACCUUAGUCUUCCCCUCAAUAAAGCCACCUCUUGCUUCCA